UUUGCUUCAGUCACCAUGAAGGCCUCAGUCAUUGCAACCUUCUUUGGUGUAUUUCUUACAUGUACAUAUGCAGCUAAGGAAGCCACAAAGAGGACCAAGAAGGCUAAGCUAUACAUACCUCAGAUUGACUGCGACGUCAAGGCUGGGAAGAUAAUAAAUCCAGAAUUCAUUGCAAAAUGCCCUCCAGGAUGUCAAGAUGUAAAAUACCGUGUUUAUGGCACAGACAUUUAUGCUUCUUUUUCCAGCGUGUGCAGUGCUGCAAUUCACAGUGGUGCAAUAGACAACACGGGUGGGAAGAUCCUUGUUCAGAAGGUGGCUGGCCAUGCUGGGUACCGGGGGAGCUUCUCCAACGGAGUCCGGUCGCUGUCGUUGCCACGCUGGAGGGAGUCCUUCCUUGUCUCAGAGGGCAAGCCAAGAAAGGGUGUAACAUAUCCAUCAACUCUUGAAUUCUCUUCCUCAAAGAGCACAGCUGUUAAACCAGAGCCUAAGAAGCCAGAGCAAGACCUAAAAGUUACAAAGAGCGCAGCGAUGUCUGAUACAUCAGGAAAAGCCUCAGAACAAGGGGACACGGUCCGCAAGGUGUAUCAGACAUCACCGGUACCAAUGCCAACCACACAAAUGGCAGCCACAACACCAACUCCAACGACCACAACCACUGAUCCUCUCAGCACAACGCCAAAGCCAACCACAACACCAGCAACAACAAGAACCGCAACAAACUCAGCUGCAGCCAAGCCUCGACCUGGACUGCACAGGGUCAGGGAUACAGGUUCUAGCAGUAUCCACCCUGCAUAUUCCUCUGUGGCAGCUGCAGCAUCAAGACAGGUUCAGGCUUCACAAGGAAGAGGACUGAAUACAGCAUUCAGGGGCACUUCCACCUCUGCAAAUAACAGGAAUAUUUUGCGACCCAAUGCAGGUAUUCAGCGCCAAGAGCCUAUUGCCACCUUCCGUAGGCCUGCUGGGUCUCCAGCCCAUCUGGCAGUGGAAACAGACUUGUGGAAACCUGGACUGAGCUUUUUUGACGCAGGUUUUGCUUCAAAGGAGGAACUGAACCUGAAGCCGCUGGAGGCGACCUCCCAGGGGAACCCAAGCUGCAAGGUGGACUUGUCCUUCUUGAUGGAUGGGAGCUGGAGCAUCGGUAAACGCCGCUUCCAGCUCCAGAAACAAUUCCUCAUUAAUGUGGCUCAUGCCCUUGGCAUCAACAAUGCCGGGCCUCUGAUGGGCAUCGUGCAGUAUGGCGAUGACCCUUCCACAGAAUUUAACUUAAAAACAUACACCAACCCCAAGGACCUAAGAAAUGCCAUUGAGAAAAUCCCUCAGAAAGGCGGACUUUCCAACGUUGGAAAGGCACUUUCCUUUGUUAACAAAAACUUCUUCUUGGAUGCUAACGGAAACAGAGGCGGAGCACCCAAUGUGGUGGUGGUAAUGGUGGAUGGGUGGCCAACUGAUCGGGUGGAGGAGGCCUCCAGACUGGCCAGGGAAUCAGGGAUCAACAUUUUCUUUGUCACUAUUGAAGCAGCUGCUCAAAAUGAGAAGCAGAAUGUUAUUGAACCAAACUUUGUGGACAAGGCAGUGUGCAGAACAAAUGGCUUCUAUUCCAUCACUGUGCCCAGCUGGUUCAGCCUCCACAAGGUCGUCCAGCCCUUGGUGAAGCGGGUCUGUGACAUCGACCGGUUGGUUUGCAGCAAGACGUGUCUUAAUUCGGCCGACAUCGGUUUCGUGAUCGAUGGCUCCAGCAGCGUUGGCACCGACAACUUCCGCACAGUCCUCCAAUUUGUAGCCAACAUCACCAAGGAGUUUGAGAUUUCAGACACUGACACCCGCAUUGGAGCCAUUCAGUACACAUACGAGCAACGACUUGAGUUCAGCUUCGAUAAGUACAGCACAAAGCAGGACGUGCUGAGUGCUAUCAAAAGGAUCAACUACUGGAGUGGUGGAACCAGCACGGGGGCAGCCAUCAGCUACGCCUCUGAGCAGCUCUUCACCAAAUCCAAACCCAACAAGAGGAAGCUCAUGAUUCUCAUUACAGAUGGCAGGUCUUACGAUGAUGUCCGAGUGCCAGCCAUGACAGCUCACCAAAACGGAGUUAUAGCUUACUCCAUUGGAGUUGCUUGGGCUGCCCAAGAUGAACUGGAAGCCAUUGCAACAGAUCCAGAUAAAGAGCAUUCCUUCUUUGUGGAUGAAUUUGACAACCUCUACCAAUUUGUUAACCCGCUCAUCCAAAACAUUUGCACAGAAUUUAACUCACAGCCACGGAACUGAUGGGGUGGAACAGGCCGGAAUCUUGGGCGUCGUGCUGAAAACACACAAUGCUACAGGAACAAUGCCAGCCCCAAGCUCAACAAAUACUGGAAUUGUUUUUCUCUGGCAUUUUCCAGUUAACGAGGUUGAUCGCAUCUCUGUCCCUAUGUAUGAUAACGCUCUGUGUAGGCUACUGGUUUUUUCCUUGCAGGCUUCAGAAACUCUGAUUUGGAUGGAUAGAAAAAGGCAGGAGACAUCAUGGAGGGCAUAAAUAGAGCUGAUUGGAAAGCUGUUAACAGUAUAGAGCCUCAACUUAGGUGAUUCCCACCACAGGGCACGCACAAGCUCUGAGAUGUACCACCUGCUUCCUGUGGUGGUGAGGGCCCUCCAGGGAGCAGCCACACUGCUCUGCUGCUGUGGCAGAAGCACCUCCCUCUGACACUGCCCAUCGCUUGCCAUCCAGGACAGGACUGACAUCCUGAAAUCCCAGGCACAAACUGGGAAGAUAGUGCAAAUUCAAGUAUUGAGCUUCAUCCAAACCCAAAGAGCAGAAAACCAGCAAGUGGCCAAGGUCAGGCUGUGGGACCCACAUCCAUCAGUCCUCAUAAAGCCCCAGAUCUGCAGAACAGCCAAUGCAGGAGCUGGGUCUCAUCUCCCACAGCACUGUAUUAAAAUGUGCUUCAACAAAAAACCAACGACCUUGUCCCCUUAGCUCACUUGCACCACCUUUUGCCAUGCAGCUCAAGGCCUCUGCAAAGCAAGAGAGCUGCGGGGGCAGAAAAGGCUCCUUCAGUAAAAACCGUGGGUUUCAGUUGCUCACUGUCUGAAAGGUUUCUGAGACCCCCACUGCUCUAUCACCAAACACAGCACAGUUAGAACAGCUCACAGCAGGCUUUAGUGUGAGGAUAAUUACUCAAGAGCUGUUAAAAAGGCUUAAGAGGAAAGUAUCUGUAAGUUCUGUAUUAGACACUGGGAAAAGCAGUAUUUCUAGCAUUCACAGCAUACCCUCUUCUGAUUUUGGGGUGGGCUUCUGUUAUAUGGAUAGAUUUCAAGACACCUUUACAGCCCCUUGUAAUUCAGAGUACAUGGCUGUUUUGUCUGUGAAGAGGCAGCCACAGUGCUGCUCAGCAAUGGGAGGAGUGACGUGCAGAGGUCAAAAGCAUUGCAUGGCAGCUAGCAAGCAGCAGUUGCUGGUGGUUUUCAUCUGGUGUCACAUAGGAAAAUACAUCCCUUAAGCAGAAGUUAUCAAAGGAAGGGAUGAUGUUUCAGUGCCAGUACAAGUGUGUAUGUUCACGCACCUUAUGGCAGUUACAGCACAGUGACAGGUUUGUGGAAAUAACAGGAAAUUGGAAGAAAUUAAAGCUCACAUUUCUUAUUCACAAAUCAAAUUUUUAAUAGUCUUUAUAGUUUCUGUAAAUAACAGUGGCCCAGGAUGUUAUCAUUCACAUAAAGCAAAAUGGAGUAAACUGCCACCAAAGGAGACCCCUUUCUGUCGACAUAUCUGACACCAUCUUUCAAAUCUUACUUUGGAAAUGUGACAGAAGUAGCUUAAAAAUUCCCAGUGAAGUUAUCGUACUUCAAAUCGGUGCAAACAGCCCAUUCUACAUGAAAUCCUCAGGUGAGGGUCCCUUCACACAGUGCUCUGGCUACUACUCCCAAAGCCAUGCCAGAUGAAGUGGUGGUUUUACACUGGAUUUACUGGGGACUUCACAUUCUUAAUAUUGCUGGUUAAUUCUUAAUAGGCAGCUUACCACUGUGUACCAAUGGCUGUACCACCUGUACCCUGGCAGCACAGGAGAGCGGCGCUCUGCAGAUGGUCCCACACACUGUGCUUGUGCUCUGCAGCCAGAGCCACAGGUGUUCUUUAGGACAUUUUUAUUUCUGCUGAAAACUUCACACAACAACAAGUUUUCAAACACUCUCCACAGGAAGCUGAACAGCUAUCUUCCACAUCAAGCAUUUGCUUAGGGCAUGGCAGAGUUUGCUGUUGUCUAAAGGGUUAAUCUUGACUUUACAUAACACCUGUGGUGCUCAGAUGCCAACAAGCCAUUUUAUUAACUUCUUGAGAUGGUCUUGAAAUUAAUUUUUAAUCCGACUCUCAUCUAAACUGAGAUGCCUUAAACACAGUGAACUUGAGCAUAAGCCUCAGAAGUCACCGUUCAGCCUGCCUUCAACAGAAGUGGAUCAGCACAGAAUGCGCUCCUCUAUAGCCUUUCAUCUUUCAUAGCAAUAAAACUACUUGUCACAUCUGAAGUCUCUCAAUAAUAGUAAUAAAAGAUAACAAAUCUUCAUAAACACUUGGAGGAGUUAUGCUGGUUCGGAGAAAGCAGCAGAACUCUUUCUGUAACAUACACAAGCUGUUUUGAGCUUCUCAAUACAAGUUGCUAUAUCUUUUGCAAUAAAGGUGUCCCAAAGGCAUGCAAAGUC